AUGACACUGUAUAUUUCCAAAGAAUCCAUAGCAUUUUUUGUUUUAAUAAUUAUAUUUGUCGUUCCUUUACUUGAUCAAACGCUAUUAGACAAAGUGCUUCCUGUUACAUUCUUUAAUAAUAUCAUCCCUGGUGGUAACAUAAAUUCCAUAUCCAAAUUCAUCAAAUCAAACAGAUUACCGCUUUCGACUGCUUCGACAUUAGUUUUAUUAAGUAUAGUACUUUCUGUUUAUUACGGAAGACACCCAUUAUCAUACAGUUUACCAGAGUUCGUUAAUAGAGCAUUUUCUAAUAUGAAUUCAGGCUAUAGGUAUAUGACUUCAAAUAAAUCGAGGUUCGGACCUUCCAGACAGUCCAGAGAGACCAGAUUUGCUGUCAAAAAUGGCGGGGAACUAGGAGGUAUUAGUAACGACGGGAACACAUGCUUUAUGAAUUCAGUAUUACAAUCGUUGGCGUCGUCUAAACACUUAUUAAAAUUCAUAGAUUCCUACCUAUACUCGGAGAUCGAAAUUUCAGGAGAGCCGACUCCAACAACGGUGAAAUCCAACACCCCAAAGCCGGACUUAGUUUUUACAGCUGCAUUGAGGAGGUUUUUGGAAGGCAUUAAUGGAUCAUACGGCUCUAGAGGCAAAGAAUUUAGUGCAAAGCCGUUGUUAAAUAAGAUGCCUAAUGGACCAAAGCAAAACUUUUUCACCGGUUAUAACCAAGAAGACGCACAAGAAUUCUAUCAAUUAGUUAUGAACCUCGUUGAAACUGAGUACAAAAAGGAUUCUAAGUCUAGGCAGCUGUCUCCUGAACCUGAUUCUUCUGAAAAGUCACCUAGUGAUAAGUUUGUCGAUAGCGCAUUAGUCCCUAAUUUAAUUUCCGGUUGUGAAGAAUUGGGUAGAUUGGGUAAGGUAUAUGUGCCUGCGUCACAGGUUGAUCCAAAUUUAUUAGAAAUUGAUCACAAAGUUUAUCCAUUAGAUUUAGUUACACCAGUUGACGGGAUAUCUGUGGAAAGAAUUGGAUGUUUAGCUUGUGGUGAAGUGGGUGGAAUUCGUUACUCUGUUAAUAGUGGCUUAAGUUUGAAUUUACCGAAUAAGUCAUCAUAUUCUGGAUAUGAUUUAGAUUCAUUAAUGAAUGAUUGGAUAGCACCAGAAAUAAUCGAAGAUGUCAAUUGUAAUAGAUGUGGCUUAGUACAGACGAAGGCAUUUUUACUUAGCAAGAUUUCUGAAGCAAAUAACGAGAAAAUUAUAGGACAAUUCCAAAACAGAGCUGAUGAAAUUGAAAAAGAGUUAUUACAGCCGCAUAUUACGGAUGAAGUCUUCGAAAAAUUAUCUAUUAAACAGAUGAUUAGAAAAACUAAGAAAUCAAAACAAAUAUCCUUAAGCAGACCACCACCUUUAUUAACAAUUCAUAUUAAUAGAUCCGUAUUUGACCCAAAGACCUAUAUGAUAGUCAAAAACCCUAGUAACGUUUCAUUCCCAUCGAGAUUAGAUUUGACUUCAUAUGUUACAGAACCGAAAGACAUUAACAUGGAUGCGAGAUUACCUUUCAGAAAGCAAGAUGAAAGAACUAUCAACAUACCACUUGCAGAUAUCAAUAAACCUUCUAAUAGUUCUGAAUCCGAAUCUUCCAAUACAGUAUCUAUGUCUGAUCAAGAUAAUUUCGAGGACAAAGAAUUAUCACAAAGUGACAGAUACAGUAAUUCAACAUCCGAUUCCUCUGAGAACCAAGAUAAUUGCAUCGCAUUAAAUCCAAAACUCUUGUAUAAUUUGAAAGCCGUCAUAUCCCAUUUUGGUACGCAUAACUACGGUCAUUAUAUUUGUUACCGUAGAUUACGUGGAUCCUGGUGGAGGAUCAGUGAUGAAUCUGUCUAUGUUGUGACGGAAAAUGAAGUCUUGAAUUCACAAGGCACCUUCAUGUUAUUCUAUGAAUAUAAUGAUGGAGUGAAUGAAAUUUUGCAGCACUUAGAUGACGAUGAAGAAGAAGAUCAGGAAUCGGAAAGCGCUCAUGGUAAUCUGCAGUGUGCUUUAGAUAGUGAAUCAUACGAGAAAAACAAUACUCCCACAAAAUUGGAAGACGAUGAUUAUUUAAAUAACAGGGAUGAUGAUGAUUCUCAGAGUAGUGGCUUAAGUGAUGAUGGCGAUAUUGGUCUCCCCAAUGAAAACUUAGACAGCGAACGAAAUGGAAAUCUCUCAAUGGACGAUUACAAUGUUGAAGAGGGACGUGCCUUUCAUAUAUAA